AUGCGAUCGAGUUUUUACGAGCAGAAACUUUCUGUGGCAUCCGCUAACUACUGUAUCUGCUAUUUAGGGCAAUUAGUCGUGGCAUCACUUCUUGACCGUAAUAUCAAAUCACGGCUUUUCCUCAGAAAUCCCGAGAAGGCCGCCUCUCUAUUUGGUGAACAAGAUGAUAGUAAAUUACAGGUGUAUGAAGGUGACACACGGAACCCAAAGGAUUUGGUUCCUGCUAUACUUGAGGGUGUUACACAUGUUAUAUGCUGCACAGGAACUACAGCCUUUCCUUCUAGAAGAUGGGAUGGUGAUAACACGCCUGAAAGAGUAGAUUGGGAAGGCGUGAGAAACUUAGCAUCUGCAUUACCUUCUUCAUUGAAAAGAUUGGUUCUGGUUUCAUCUAUAGGAGUCACAAAGUUCAACGAACUUCCCUGGAGCAUCAUGAAUGUAUUCGGUGUUCUAAAAUAUAAGAAAAUGGGGGAGGACUUUGUUCGGAAUUCUGGUCUUCCAUAUACUAUAAUCAGAGCUGGCAGGCUAACUGACGGGCCCUACACGUCUUAUGAUCUCAACACUCUACUCCAAGCCACUGCUGGGGAACGUCGAGCUGUUCUUAUGGGUCAAGGUAGGGAUAAACUAGUUGGAGAGGUUAGUAGGCUUGUAGUCGCAGAAGCUUGCAUACAGGCACUGGAUAUUGAUUUUACCGAAGGCGAAAUAUAUGAAAUCAACUCGGUACAGGGCGAAGGGCCGGGAAGUGAUCUCCAGAAGUGGCAAGACUUGUUCAGAGCUGCAGAGAAGCGAGUUUGA